AAACACAUCUCCUCCAAAAAAGAAAUGCCGAAGCCUUCUUCAAACCUUGCUUCAUGCGCCGUCGCUACGCUCUUCAUCGUCUUCCUUCUAAUCGCCGCCCUUACAGUUUAUCUCACCGUCUUUAGACCGAAAGAUCCUGAAAUAUCUGUCACUAGUGUCAAGGUCCCGUCAUUCUCCGUCGCCAACAGCUCCGUCAGCUUCACCUUCUCCCAAUUCUCCGCCGUUAGAAACCCGAAUCGCGCAGCUUUCUCACACUACAACAACAGAAUCCAGCUCUUCUACUACGGAAACCGGAUCGGUUCCACUUUUAUACCAGCUGGUGUGAUCGAAUCGGGUCAAACGAAGCGCAUGUCUGCCGAUUUCUCCGUACAGUCGUUUCCUUUCGCUACCGCUGAGUUUCGAAAUUUUGGAUCCGGUUACGGAACCGGAUUAGUGGAGUUGGAUAAUCGGUCCGGGUCAACAGUGGAAAUAGAGUCAAAGCUGGAGAUGGCGGGUCGGGUUCGGGUUCUCGGUUUGUUUACACACCGAAUCGCGGCAAAAUGUAACUGUAGGAUCGCGAUUUCCACGAACGGUGGUUCAAUCGUAGCCGUUCGUUGUUGAUUAAAAAUACAAUUGUAAAAAAAGUGUGACAUGUUCAUUUUACAAAACUUAAAAACACAUGUAUGAUAGUCUAGUACCUAACUCUGUUGGUUAAAAAUAGAAAGAUUUUGUACCUA